AUGUUGAGCGUACGGGAAUACAUUGAUCUCUCCCCCUUUCCCCUAACUGAAGGAGAUGUGAAAUCGUUGGGCCAGACAGAUGAGGAAUAUAUUCCCCAUACCUGGCAAGAAAUAAAGGGUGUCAUAGCCGAGGGGGACAUGUCUGUCUUGAACAGAGCACCCUCUGACCUGCGGAACUAUAUACUCUGGGUCAGAGAGACGAAAAAUAAGAAUGAUUCUGUCAUAAAAUUUUUACUAAGAGAACGGCUACUCUGGCACCCGGACGACAAGGGGAAAGGCUUCAAUGAUACCCAGACGUCCGCUAGCCUCUCCUUUGAAUGCCAGAACGAAACACCAUUUGCUCACUCAGCGGACUACAAAAUUCUUCGUAACGACUGGCCAUAUGGCCUUGAGCGUAAUAUUGUGCACCUGGUCGUUUGGCUGAAGACUAGAAUUCUAGUUGAAGAGGACGGUCAAGGUGGCCCAACCGAAGAAUCACGCAAACUUAUCGAAGAUUUCGUCCACAGGACGUUCACUCAAAAGAUCAUGGAAAGGCACCAGCAAGUAAAUGGGAAUUACUCAAAUAAUAUAAUGGAGGAAAAGGUGAUGUGGUUUAAGAACAAGAAGAAGUGGCAGACUGUAGCAAGCAUUGAACAUAUCCAUGUCAUUCUUCGAGACGUCGAUGAAGAUUUGGUAAUUGGCUGGACAGGGCAAACGUCGAAAGAGAUCACAGCUCGAACUUACGUAUGGAAUGGACAGUGA